CAGUAUAUACUAGAGGUUGGCGGCCCAACCGCCUGGGCUCCUCUCCCGCAACCAAAAUAGACACGCAGUCGCGCCCGCCGCCGCCGCCGCCGCCCCUUUCUCUUCUUCUCCCUCCCCUAGCUCGAAUCCCCCGCUCGCCAGGAGGAAUCGCCGCCGCCUCCGAUGACGCGCCAAAGCCGGGAACGGCGCGCGGUCGCCUGCGAGGGAGGCCAGGCGGCAGCGCGCGCCGCCGCCUCGCCCCCGCACUACGACGCGGACGAGGAGCGCCGCUUCGAGGAGGUGGUCUACCUCCACUCCCUCUGCCGCAGCGGCCCGUCCGCCCCCGCCGGGGAUCCCGCGCCACCCGCCGGAGUCUCCCGCGCCACCCGCGCCCGCGCCGACCAGCGGAAGCGACGCAGGAUCGAGCGCGCCGCCGAGGCCGAAUACGGCGGCCCCGACUGGUCCCUCGCGCCCGCCCCCACGGCCCCCUCCUCCUGGCCCAACUCCACUCCCGUCUCCCCCGCGCCCAGGCCGCAGCAGCAGCCUUCCACCGCCUCUCUCGCGCAGCGGGACGCCCUCCGCGCCGCCGAGGAGUUCUUCUCCAGGCGCGGCGCCUCGGGCGAGGACUGCAACGAGGUUGAGGGGCCCGAGUCGGAAGACAGCUGGGACGAGGUGGCGGGGUUCUUCCUCGGGCUCUUCGAGCGGGACGCCGCGCUGCGGGGCUACUACGAGCGGAGCCACAGGGAGGGGGAGUUCGUGUGCAUGGCGUGCGUGGGGAGGAAUGUGAAGAAGGGCCGGGCCAGGCGGUUCCGGGACUGCAUCAGCCUCGUGCGGCACGCACACGCCGCCACACGCGUCGGGAGGCCGCAGGCGCACCGCGCGCUCGCCGCCGCAGUCUGCCGCGUCCUCGGCUGGGACGUCAAGCGGCUGCCAGGCAUCGUCAUCGACCCCCGCCGCAGGCUGGGCCAGGCGCUCCUUGCCAGGGAGGGCGCAAGCGCCGCUGCGGCCGCCGCCACUCACGAGGCAAAGGACAAUGCUGAUGCUGGGCAGAAUGGUCACAAGGAUGCAGCGAAGGAGGAUGUUGGUUUGGAGAAGAUGGGCUCCUUGAAUGAUGACAGGAAGGAGGAUGUUGAUAAAGGGAAGAUCUGCCCUCCAAGUAAUAACAAUGAUGGAGAGGUUCAUGAGCAAGGGAAUAGUAGAGGAAUUGCUGAAAAGGAAGGUGAUAUUGGCAAUAAACAGGAGCAUGGUAAGAGUGCAGAUGAUAUGGGGGGCACUUGUAAUGUCAGACUAGAAAACAAUUCAUCAAAGAUGGAAGAAGCUGCUACAGAGAAUAAGGAGGAGCAUACUGAAGGUGUUGUUGACUUCGGAGAUGAUAUUGGUAACUUGGGAAGGAAUUUAAUGGACUCAUCAAAGAUGUACUCGUGCAAUCAUGACAUCUGGACAUCGCGAAAGGAGAUUCUAGAUUGACAAGCCACUCACUGAACGUGUUAUCCUCCACCUGCCCAUCCUACCCUCGCCAGUUUACAGCCCUCUCAUCUAACCAAAAACCUUAACCCAUGACUGGGCAGGGCCAACGAUGAACGACUGUAAUGCCACAGCAAUAACGAUGGACCAUUUCUGCCUGAUCAGGCCACCCUGACCCUCUCACAGCCUGACCCGGUCACAUGACUCAUGCCACCGAUGGGGCCAUCAUCAUGUGUAGUUGGGUACUCCCACUGACUUCACAGCUUGCACAAUGUUGUCAGAUCUGCUGCAUCUGCAUUUCAAGGAUUACACGCAAUCUCACCAUUCAUUUUGGCAUUACCAGACCUCAUGUAAUUUUUUGUUAUGCAUUUUUGGGAUAUUAUAUGGCCGAGACACUGUUUAGGUAAUGGAAGCAAACACUCUUCCGGCCUCCUUCAUCAAAAGAUACACAUGUUUGGUGCAUUAUCUUAUAUUAUUCUGUUUUUGUUUUUUGUACUGGUUUGUAAUACUCCCGCUGUCCCAAAAUAAGUGUCCCAACUUUGUACUAACUUCAGUACAAAGUUGUACUAGAGUUGAGACACUUAUUUUCGGACGGAGGGAGUAGUAUAUUUUGUUGAAAAAGUAGCAUGUCAAGCAAUAUAUUUGUGGGUUACAUUGGCGUACAUAGAUAUCUUUCCUAAUGCAUUUUUGUGCUAGGCAAACAUAUUUGUCAUACAUUUUUUUAUCCAUUCAAAUUAUAAAAUUGGAUGUUGGGAAGUGAGUCUCAGCCAAAUUUGUGGAGAGUUGACGUGAAGACAUACUAAGUGUCAUGAUAUUUGAUGUCCACCAGUCCUGAUUUGGAUUCUCGACCACACGUUCUUAUCGAACUAUCCAGAUAUCUUUUUUUUAGCAUGAUAUCCAGAUCUCAUUAGUGCUGGAGUACACCAAAAAUGGUAAUUGGACAACAAUAUACUCCUUACACUUGCAUUUCAAAACUCAAUUUUGACCAUUAAUUGACUAACCAGACAUGGGUUAUGUUCCACAAAAAUUGUUUUAUCAGAUUCGUGUUUGAACAAAGUUUCCAAUGGUAUAAUCUUUAUGACAUACGGAGUAUAAGACAUUGUUUCUGAAGCACAGUUAAAUCAUGCAAAACAAGGACACCAUGUAAAAGGUGACAGAGGGAGUAUGCCUUUUCAUUACAUGCAUUUGGCCCAAAAUCAAUUGAAAUGUGCGCUGUGAUGAUAAAAUAUUGUGAUGGUGUGGAUUUUCUGGCCCAAAUGAAGAUUAGGUAAAACAAUACUCCCUAGAUAUAUCCGUAUCUGACAAAUCUAAGACAAGUAAUUCAGGACGGAGGUAAUAGAAAGGUAGACUUAAAAGGUUCUGAAGAGAAACUGCUCGGCAUGACCAGCUAGCUAUCUUACGAACCAAAAAUAGAAGUUUCUGAAGAGAAGUCCUGGAUGUAUAUAAUCGGAUGAAGUAUGUAUGAAACUCCAGAAUUUGAAGGAGCAAAUAUCACCCCACAACGUACAUGCAGUAAUCUAUUUGACUUCUUUUGGAACUGGGGAGUGUUUGUGUGUGUGGAGUAUGCAGAUGUGAACCGAGAUCAUCCGAACAUUCUCCUAGCUGGCUGUUGUGACCCACAUACUUCCUGAUGACAUCACUAUUUGGCUACUUGCUGAUGCU